GACACCAGCAAAUAAAAAAAGGGUUUUCAAAUCGUAAUACAUCCAAUAUAAUAUAUAUCUCAUUGCAGAAGGUCAUUUUUUGACGAAAAUUAUAUUAUGUGAAUACUUAUCAUUAACAGAGUUUGAUGCUAAAAGCAACGAACAGAUUAGAAAAAGUACUCGAAGACGUCAAGAGUGCCAGAAUUUCUAAAAUCAAAGACUAUGGCUAAAAUAGUCCGAUAUCUAAGUAGAAUAUUAAUUAAUAAUAAUAACAAUAAUUCUACUUUCAUGCAAAGAAAUAUUCGUCCUUUAACUAUUCCAUCUAUCAAGUUAAAUGAUGAUGCAACUUCAGCAAAUUAUGAAAAAUCAUUAGCUGUUCACAACAUUGAAAGAUCGCUUAAUGUUCAAAAAAGAAUUGCACUGAAACUUGUGAAUGAGAACCAAAAAUUGAUUACUAUAUCCCCCAGGCUCAUCAGUGAAAAUCAUGAAAUUUUACUGGAGAACAAAUUAGUCUCAUCUACUGCUUUGAGAUAUCCAUUUUUAUUAUGGAGUAACAAUUUGGGAGAGAAAAUCAGUCUUUUAAAAAAGUUGAACUAUCCAUUGGAUGUAACCAUAGUCUUGGCAGGUUCAUCAAGACCUAUGCUGGGAAAGAUCAUUUGCUCUGGUAGAAAAUUUGAAGAAAGAAUACAUAUUUUAUCACAGCUCUUUAAGGUUUCCCCAAGAGAUACUUGUGAAUUAUUAUAUAAAAAGGAUUUCUUGAUAACCAGAAAUUUAGAGACUAUAAAGGAAAUUUUGAAUAUAUUAAGAGAAUUCGGCAUAACACUUGAAGAUAUAAGAAAAGAUCCAUGGGUGUUAAGGUAUAGUCAAGCAACUAUAAAGGAUAGAAUCAAAUAUAUAACAGAUACAGAAGUCGAACUUUUGACACCUAAACCUUGGAUGCUCAGGUCUCCAACAGAGGUGAUAGAAAAUUAUUUCAAAAGAAGACAAGAUAAUAGGCAAAUCUUGGGCAGUGCCUCCUUGACAGAAUAUCUUUCAAAAAAGUUGGAAUGUGCAGAAGAUCAAGCUAAAUAUUUAAUUUCUAAGAUGCCAGCUUUAAGAACCAAGAGCCUUAGAACAUUAUCUGAGAUUAUAAAUUUCCUUUACAGUAAAGGAUUUCAAUCUUAUCACAUAUAUAGAGUGCCAAAGAUUUUGGUUCAUAGUGUUGAAACAACAAAAAAAAGACUUGAACUGAUAGAGAAUGCUGGAAUCCAAAUAGAUAGUUUGUAUAUGCUAACCAAGAGCCAAAAGCAGUUUAUGCAAAAUUUUGAAGCUAUGUUAAAAACUAAAAGAACAGUUUGAUUUUGACUUGAAUAAAUGAAAUUUGAA